UGGCACUACUGGCAGUUCAUCGGUGACCGACCGCAGUCGGCGCGCAGCUGCUCGCUGGCGUUGGACGUGCGAGGAGUCUGGCGAAGCUGCGUUCGUGUUACCGACGAAACGAGCAUCCGAGUGGCGGCGGCCGCGCGAGGGGACACGGCGUAUAGCGCAGCGCGGCGAACCGAAAUGGCUAAUUGCUGGUGCGAUCAGGUCGAUUGGUGUAGCAGGCGAUACCUGCCGCUUCGUACUUCGCUGCUGGCGUAUGAGGACGAGCGCCUGUGGUGGUAGGUGCUGGUCUGCCCCGUCCCCCUCUCUCUACCCGCGGCGCCCUGAGAGAACCAUCACGGAGAAGCAUGGCUUCUGGUGCAUCCUCCUUGGAUAGUGCUGGGAGUAGUGAUGGUGCACUUAAUAUGGAGGGAGAUAGUGGAAGCUAUGGCAGUGUCGGAAGCCCGGUUGGAGGCCCCGAGUGUCGUAGCGAUUAUGACGGUUUGCAGGCUCAGUGCGAUCAAGCGAUGCAUCAGCUUCAGCUACUUAGAGUUAAACACUCUGAUACCAUCAGACGGUGCGAGCAUACUAUGAAGGAGUUGGAAUACUAUCGAGCGCAACAUAUAGCAGUCAUGAGUCAACUAGAAGCUACAUCGCAAGAAAGCUCUGCGUUACGAGCAAAAUAUAGCGAUCUAGUGAACGAUAAGCAACGACUAGAGCGAGAUGUUCAGACACUGCAACAGGAGCUAUCGGAAUUGCAGCGCCUACAGAACCAGGAGGUUCUUGUGUCCGAUGCUGCUAGCAAUGAUACUAUGAAUCAGCAUUAUCUAUCUGCAUUGCGAAAAUACGAAGCCAUUAAGGACGAAUACGAUUCCCUUCGAAAGCGAUACGACGACUUGAUAUCGACUCAUUCAGCUGCCGUUAAUAAGCUCGAGUUAUCGCAAGAGGAAGGCAAAAGACUCAAGAAGCAAUACGACACCGUCUUGGACGAACGUAAUACCGCGAUCCGCGAGCGUAACGGUUUGAAGCAACAGUGUACUGCCGCGAUUCGUCAGUGGGACAUUGCUCUGAGAGAGAGAAACGAGUAUCGCGAGGCGCUCGCCAAGGUGCAGCAGCAGCACGAGGAGGCGGUCAAAGAGAUUAAUCAGGCGAUGGUCUUGCGCAUGAAGACCAGCAAGGACAUGAAACGACUCACGGAAGAGCGAAAUGCAGCGCUGCAAGAGUACAGCUUAAUUAUGGGCGAACGAGACACGGUGCAUAAGGAGAUAGAGAAGCUGGGCGACGACCUUGCGCAGGCGUAUGCGAAGAUUACGCACUUGGAGACGCAAAAUAAGCAGCUCAUCGAUGAGAAGAAGACGUUAUCUUAUCAAAUCGAGACGUUGAAGAGAGAAAUUUCGUCCGCUCUGCAAGACAGAGACGAUGCUCUGAAAAUGUGCAAUGAGCUACGGCAGAAAUUCGGCGAUUACUCCGAAGGCUCCAACAGAGACUAUAAGCAUCACUUGGAGUUGCAUUCCUUCAGUCGCGAGCAUAACAGUGCCAAUAAGGAAGCUGAGAAGGAAACGAACACGAACAACCCGACGCGAGACAAGGAGCAUAUGGACAAUCUCGAGCAGGCCAACCUGGAAUUGGAUAAGCUCAGGAAAUCCGUGGACACGCUGCAAACGGAGCUCGAGGAAGCGAUUCAGGAGGCCGAGGUGUCGAAGAGGAGAAGGGACUGGGCGUUCAGCGAGCGCGACAAGAUAGUGCUGGAGCGGGAGAGCAUAAGGACCCUGUGCGACAGACUGCGGAAGGAGCGCGACCGCGCGGUUUCCGAAUUGGCCGGCGCUCUACGCGACUCCGAUGACAUUAAGAAGCAACGGAACGAGGCGUCGAAGGAGCUGAAGGACUUGAAGGAGAAGAUAGAGUUCGGCGAUCAUGCGUUACGGGCGAGUCAGGUGGCGCAGAUCGACGAGAGCAGUGAUUGGGAGAUGAUUCCGAUUCACGUGGAGCCAGGCAGACUCUGCCUGGACUCGGAUCGCGGUGACCUGGGAUUAAUCCUCGUCGGUGGUCGCGACAAUCCGUACUAUCCGAACGAUAGCGGCGUCUACGUAGCGCAGGUGGCGCAGGGCAGCGCCCUCGAUGGCAAGUUAAGAGUGAACGAUUGCAUAGUGCGAGUGAACAACGUCGAUUGUACGUCUGCAUCGACGCGCGUGAUCUUGGAGACGCUGCGCUCAUCCACCGUGAACCCGGCGACCUUGAUCGUAAAGCGGCGCCGAGUAACCAGGCGAUCAUUGAGAACCACGCAACUGUCGGUCGGUACGGUGCCGCACGGUAUUACUUUGGAACUCGGGAUCUACAUCUCAAAGAUAUCACCCGGGAGUCUGGCCGCUAAGGACGGGAACCUCGCCGUGGGGGACAGAGUAUUAAAUAUUAACAGCAAACCGAUGGAUACGAUAACUUCGGUGCACGAAGCAAUGGCCAUCUUAAAUGACGACACUGUAGACGUGUUGACAAUUACGACGCUAAAGGGUAUCCCGGUACCUUCCGCCUCCAGUUCGGAAACGAUGACGAUAGACGGCAGUUUUGUCACGGAGAAGCAGAAGAUGGUGAACAGUUGCUCGCAAACCGAGCAGGAAAGAAUAAUGCUAAAGACGUCAUCGGAUGAUUACGAGAGACGAUACCUGUCGACGAACUUUGCUGAUCGAAAUACUUACAAAGCUUCCAAGUCCGUGAGCGGGGAGAAGUCGAGCGGCAUCAGCAACGCUUGGGACAACAUCCGGGAGAAGAUCGACAUGGUGCGUGGUCGUAAGCACAGCAAAGAACGCGACGACAAGAAAAAGAGCCACCGUAACUCUAGUCCAAACACAUUCGAGCAGGAACAGGACGCGAUAGCGGAGCUCGACUCGGUGAUCGAUAGCUACCACAAGAAGGCGAGUAACAACGGCGUCCUGAAGCGCAGCAAGCGUCGUGGAACUGAGAAAGUGGAGAAGAACGGCGGCACCUGGCCGAAGGCACGCGGCGGACCCCUCAUACAAAACGGGACCGGUACUAUAUUACACCCGCGCAAAGCAAAAGAGCGUUUCCCUCUCAGUGUACUCCUGCAUCCACCGAAAUACGAUAACUGUAGUUACAAUCGUAUCUCCAACCCUAUCCCCUUGACCAACUUUUCUAAUGUCAAUAAUCGUCAUACCGUUUACAAAGCAGUGGAGACGCCGCUACCGAGCUUCACCAAGACCGGACAGAUCUUUACUCAGAAGUCGUUUACGCCGGCAGUACAAUUCAAAGACAUCCCGAUCGACGGUAGCAAGAAACCACCGUCGACCGAGUUCGAAACCGGCUCGGCGGAAGCUGGACGACUCGGCUCCGCGUUGGCGCCGUCCGAGACCAGCAUCGACUUCUCGGUGAAGUCCGGCGGCGCCAGCCGCGACAUUGACUCGUACUUCACGAAUAAACGGCCGCAGAAGUACAUACCUGGCGGUAGCAGCGACACGCAAGUAACCACGGACAUGCUGCAGCACAACCGCGCGCACUCGCAGCUCUACUCGUCGGGUAUCGGCGGCUCGUCCACGUCCGCCGCGUCGUCGACCAGUGGCCCGACGCCGCGCCAGCAGAUAGCAGCUGGUAACUUUCCUUUUCCCUCGCAUCAUUCGUACGCUGCGUCACACUUGCACCAUCCACAUCCGCAUCCCACACAGCACCAAAACUCCCUGCCCUCACGCUACCCCUCGCCGCCGUCGCUACCGUCCGCGCUGUCCGGCGAGUCGAUAGGUCUGCCCGACGCACGUUCCUACUGUUUCGAGCCUCCGUACAGCCCCGGACCUUCACAGUCGACUGUGGCCACCUUCGGCCAUCUGCACACUCCCUCCGUAGACCUGCACUAUCACAAGUCGCGUGCUCUUCCGCUCGGAAUACCCUGCGACUCGACCUGUAGCCACGCAUACGAAGGCGGCACCCUGCCAGGCAGAAAGGAGGAUCAGCGUAUACGCAUACCAUCCAACACCAGCGUCACGUCGAAGAGCAGCGUUGGCAAGCUGUCCACCGGCAGCAUAGAGAGGACUUCCGAGCGCGGUAGCCCCAUGCCGACGUUUCACGUGGAAGUGUUGAGCCCGGGCACCGGCAGCACCAGCGGCAUCAGUAGUGCCGGCGGUACUGUGAGAGGAAGUAGCGGUAACAAGCGCGCUAGCAUGCCGGAUUAUUGUUUCACAAAACCACGUCCAGCACCUGGGGAACUACGUAGAGUGCACAUAGACAAGUCCGUGGAGCCGUUAGGUAUUCAGAUCUCGUGCCUGGAGAGCGGUGGCGUGUUCGUCUCCACCGUGUAUGAGCACAGUCUGGCGUCACAGGUCGGCCUGCAGAUCGGCGAUCAGCUGUUAGAAGUGUGCGGUAUCAACAUGCGGAGCGCGACCUAUCAGCUGGCCGCCAACGUUUUGCGUCAGUGUGGUAAUUCGAUUACGAUGCUGGUGCAGUACAGCCCUGAAAAAUACACCGAGCUAGAAGGCUCGGCAUCUUCAAGCUCGUCCGAAGCCGGCGACAGGGCCGCGGCCGGAAGUCGCAGUGGCUCACCAACACCGUGCAACAGUCCGGCAGCACCCCGUAAAAGUACGGUCGACACGUUGGAGCCUGCCGAGCCGGAACGUGAUGCCACUAUAACCAUUACCACUACUGUCGCUACGGUCACCACCACUGCUGCAACUACGAUGAGCUCGCUACGCGUCGAACGAGAUAUGCGGCCGUCCGCCUCGUUGGACGUAAGGAGUACGCAGGAGCGGGAGCGUGAGAUGAGACCCUCUGCUUCUCUGGACAUCAACAUCCGCAAGCCGGAACUCCGUAGUGCUGCUACGUUGGAUCGAUUGACCCGGGCGCAGAUGCAACGGCAGAAUGCGAUGAGAAGUCCCACGCAGGAGGACCAGAGAAAACCACCGCCGGCCGGCGAGCCCAGGUAUCUGCUGAUCGAGACUAGGAAGUGCUCGAAUCUAGGCAUAUCUCUGGUUGGUGGGAACGGCGUCGGUAUCUUCGUGCAUACCGUUCAGCCGGGCAGUCUCGCCGAAGAGGGCGGCAUGUUCGCCGGCGACAGGAUCCUCGAGUACAAUGGUGUAGAUCUGAGGCAAGCUACUGCCGAACAAGCUGCGCUCGAACUAGCACGGCCGGUGGACAAGGUGACGAUGGUCACUCAAUUUAUGCCCGAUAGGUAUAAUGAGGUGAAGGACAAACCGGGCGACAGUUUCUACGUGAAGGCGCUGUUCGACCGAACUGGCGAGGUAGGCGACAGUCUGCAGCUCAGAUUCAGCAAGGACGACAUUCUCUAUGUGGAUAACACCAUGUUCAAUGGCACGCCUGGUCAUUGGCGCGCCUGGAUAGUCGAUCCGACCGGUCGUAAGCAGACUUGCGGAAUAAUCCCCAGCAAAUUCAAAAUUGAGGAAGAAUUGCUUCUACGUCGGUCUUUAGGCGAUUUAGAACAGGAUGCUGGCAAACGCAGCAAUACCAGCGCAAGGAGGAGCUUCUUCCGUCGAAAGAAGCAGCAGCAACGAUCGUCCAGCAGUAGAGACAGCAAGGAACUGCAUCUCACGGGAGUUAACUUGGGAUGGUACAGCGACAGCGGAACAUUAAACGAAGACAAUCUUCCGGCAAGUUAUCAACGCGUCGAAAGACUUGAAUAUCCCACUCUCAGACCGGUGCUAAUCAUUGGCCCGCUCAGCGAAUCCGUAGGGACGAAAAUUCUGCAAGAAUACCCAGCACAGUUUACCAGAUGUCUGGUGGAAGCGAUGCACUGUUCGCACUCGACCUUGGAGCAAGGUAUACGUGAAGGAAUUUACGUGGAUUACAGGAAAAAAGGCAGCUACUUUGAGUGCACGACAGUGCAAGCGGUUAAAGAUACAUGCGACAAGCGUACGCACUGUAUUUUGGAUGUGUCGAUCGCUUCCCUCGAAAGGCUUCACAGACAUCAAAUUUAUCCCAUCGUUUUGUUAAUCAAAUUCCGGGAUAGAGCGCAAAUUAAGGAGGUGAAAGAUUCAAGGUACCCGAGCGACAAAAUCAGUACAAAGGCCGCGAAAGAGAUGUUCGAGCAGUCGCUCAAGAUAGAAGCGGAAUAUAGGCAUUACAUUUCUGCCAUUAUUCCAGCGGGCGUGAAUAUGGCAUAUAUAUGCACACAAGUGAAAGCCUCGGUAGACGAUGAACAAAGCAAAGCAAUAUGGGUUCCUAGAGGGGGUCCCUGACAUAAAAGGGGGGGUCCCCACAAGCCGCAGUGGAAAUCGAUCUAAAUUCCACCAGGGGGCCCUUACGUCGUGCAUGUGUGCAGAAAUUGCUACAUGGAAUCAAUUCUUUUAUUUAUGGUCUCUUGAUUUGUCUGAGGGGGGAUACGGUGCGACGAUACACGUAUCCUUCGCUCAACGGAGAAUUGCUAUUUUCGAUCAUGCUAAUCGCUCAAUUUGGUUGUGAUAAUACAAACAAAUUUUUACGAACCAAUUUGUUUAAGCACACGUUAGCUAAUUGUAUCAUUGCAAUCUAGAAGAGGUACGUACGCGUUUAAUUCACUUUCUCGCGUUCCCUUUACUUGCUAUUCAAACGUUAAAUUAUUUCUUCUUUUAGUGGACUCUUACUAUCCGCAUCGGUAUGUCUAUAGCUCGUCUGUGAUCACAAAAUUGAUAUAUAAGGACUAUAUAUAAACUAUAUCGAUUACCUCCUUCGCGCUUUUUUCUGAAAUUGGCUCCCUCGAAUGAAAAAUCAUAAGCGACUCACGAAAUUACGGUGCCGUUUAGGUACUCGCUUGUCCUCACUUAUUGACUGUAUCAAACAAUUCGUGUUUAACAGCCAGUUUGCUUCGAUCACGUUAUAUAACGUUAAGCAAUGCAACGGAAAAAUGCAGCUAAGGUUCAUGAAACCACUAAUUCACACGAGACCAUAAGUGGAUCGGUAUAAAAAACACUCGUAUUAUGGCCCGUUUAGAAAAUUGGUGGAUUAAUAUUGAUAAAUCUGCAAGCUAAUUAAUUAGCGGAUAAGUUACGUAGAGCCCAUUUAUCGAUGGCCCUAUAUUAUUAAUAAUUAACCCCUCAGACCAAACUAAUCUGUAUAGAAUAUACAGUUUGCGAAAGAAUUAUUUUAUGUAAAUAGCGAAAUUGUGUACAGAUUAACAUUAUACGUUAUAUUAAGUUUACUUAUUUGUAUAUAAUUUAUUUAGCUUAUGUCUACUAAUUUUCUUAGGUUGUAUCGUGCAGAUUUAAGUUGUAUAUUACUUUAUUUUUUUAACUUUUAGAUUAAAUUGCAGAGGGCACUCUUUGUGCUUACACGGCGCACGUAUUAAACCGGGUUUGAGGGGUUAAGGAAUUACUAAAUUAAGGAAUUGAUAAUACGAGAGAAAAACUGUCAACAGGAAAGAUGGAAUUGACGCGCGCAAUACUCCGUUCCUGUGUUUUUAUCGAACUGUAAAUACCGAAUUGUAAUAUUUGUAGUAGCCAAGCGAAAUCAGCGGGAUCAGCGAAACUAACAUACAUAUACGAUGUAAUCGUGACGAGUAAUCUUUGUAACGAUACGCACGAUUGCUUUCUUACGUCCGAGAUCGGGGUCUUCACGAAUUUAUAUAUAUAUAUAUCACGUUGUCCUUAAACGAGCUUAUAUAUAGGCGCUUCACAUAACGGUGCGGUUAUGCGAAUUCGAUUGUACUGUUAAAAAACGCGUUGUGAAUUGGAGGAUCCGUGUGACACCUGGAAACGGAUAUACACGUGUUUUUGUACAUUAUUUCUUACGUAAUAUUGUUUGUAAAUACGAUUUUUCUACAGUAUCGAGAGAUAUAUAUAUAUAUAUAUAUGAUUUAGGAAAUAUUUUUUAAAUCGGUGUAAUUAAUUUACGAUCGUUUAGUACGUAUGAGUUAACCGUAUCUGUACCUGAAUCGUGAUUUCGUAAUUUGAUAGAUGCAAUAUGGGGAUAGUAAUUUGGAGAUGGUUUCUUUUUUCUUUUUUAUCAAAUAGAAAAAAGACUACACGAAAAUUAUAAAUAUUUUCCUAACGUUAAACUCUAUAAUACUCUCGAAAGAGACUUUCUUCUCUUUGCUUGAAAUCUUCCAAAACCACUGUAAGAAAACAAGCUUUUUAUUACGAAUCUUCUUACGAUGCAAUUAGAUGCAGUUCGGUACUUGUGAUAAUACGAAUAGUAAUCCAUCUAUGCGAACGAGUCGAUUUCGAGUUUUCUGUCACAAGUUAUAUAACGAAGUUGCAUAACAAGUUACAUAACGAUAACGAGUGAGAACGGAAAAUGCAGAGAAACUCAAAACGAGCUUGUUGGUUUCACGCAAAAUUUUGUUUCCCAAUGAGACAAUAUCUAGACAUAAGUUAUUAGCGAGACCAAAAAGUAAAGAAAUACUAACGCUAACUCGUAAAGAUUGUGAUUAAAUUUAUUGGUACUCCGGUAUAGCGUGGCGCAUUUAAUACAGAGAACGAUAGAUAUACUUUUUGAUAUAUUCAGGGAGAGUUCACCCUGUGCAUAAUGUUGUUUCGAAUAUUUUAAGCAUAGCAGCUUGUAUCGAAGGAUGUAUAGGGACCAAACGCAUUGAUUGGUAUUUUCAAAACAGUAAAAAAGAAAGGCAGAAAUCACAAUUUACAUACAGAAAGAGUUUGAAAACGGAUAAAUGUACAGGAAUUUGAAGAAUAAUUAUGGAUAAUUCGUGAUAAUUUAUUUUUCGUGGAACAAAAAUGCUUUAUGUAACAUUUGUUUUUUCUACGAAUUUGAAAAACUGUAUGAUGUAUCAUAAGUUUUCCUCUUGGAAUUGAGAAUUAAAUUAUUUGACAUGACUCUUCUUUUGAUCCAUAAGCUCUUGUUUUUUGAAAUAAUGCUCGUCAUACGGCAAAGGUUCAAUGAAAUUUCAGUAAGACUCGGUUUUUUAGAAAAUCGGGAGAUUUUCUCAAUGGAUUACAAUCGCAGAACAAAGUAAGGAAGGGGAAAAAAAGAGAAAACUAAUGCUAUUACAAUUACUCUCUCAAUCACAGCACUGUGAUACAUAUAGUAUAUUACUCUUUCGAUAACAUAUCAACAAUCCUUUUACUAAUAUAAACUAUACAUACAAAUAUGCGAUAUACAAAACACAUACAUAUUUUGAGCAAUACUUAUAAAUAGAGAUAUAUAUAUAUACGUUAUAUACAGAUAUACGAUAACGCACUUUCAAUAUUUCUCACACAUUAUGAGCACACGAUUUUGAAGAAAAAUUAACUGAACGUUUUGCGAAUAUGUAAAAGAAAAGUAUUCAGCGAUUUUGGGGGAACAAGUCAAAGUCGGCUCGGAUCCGAAUAUAUCAUUAAGCUGUAAUAACUUGAAACUGAUGAAUUUAACGAAUGCAGGCAUACGUAAUGUCUAGCUUAAUCAAACCCGGAGCCUUAAGUUUAGUGUCCAUUUGGGGGGUCACUCUCGGAAGUAAAAGAAUUAAGAGGGCAAGUGACACUCUCCCCAUAAAUAAUAUUUUCUCUAAUGGUAUAUUAGUUAUAUAAUAAUAAGUAUUCUUGAGAAUAAUAGCAUUUCUCCUCAAAUGGACACCAGCCAUUAUCGGCGACCAUCUGGUAAUUUCUACUUGCGGGCAAAAUUUUGUUCCGCGUGUCCCAUGCGUGUACUUCCAUACGUGUUACUCCAAAUUAUCUCGUAUAGAGUUAAGUUUACCGCGUACGAGUUGAAAGCGACGAUCGUGCAGCCGCAUUGUCCGCGCACGGAUCAUCACUAGUCCUCGUUAGUAUUCUCCACUUUUCUAUGAACAACCUGCGUGUCACCCGUGCCACUUUCGAUCGCAUUAAUCAUCCGACAGGUACACGAGAAAUGAUAUCAGCGUUAUCAUCGUUUCUUCUAGCGUGGCUGUCUCACUGCUGUACUAUCUAUCUAUCCUGUCAAUUUUUACCGACUUUAUAUCUAUGUAUUGUCGUAAACGGGCAAGAUGAUACACAUAACUCUCUUCUUUUGCGUAAAAUCUAUGUGCGCGCAAAGAAUCAAGUGUUUUACGAUAUCUACUAGGUAUCAAAGUAUACUGCGGGAAAUUUAUUACUGAUUAUUGGAAAAAGAAUUGUCACCGGUCGCAAAUUAAUGCGAAUUAACAUUGUUAAUUUCCAUCUUCCGAGGAAUUAGAAUUUUCGUAUCGACAAAUGCAUCAUUGUAAUAAAUAUUCUCAUCGCAAACUUUUUUUGUAUAUUUAAUACAUAUUUUCUAUAAUUACUUCAAAUCAUAAUAAUAUUAUGAAGAUUUCAACAGGCACAAAGAAGUAAUUAUAAUCAAAAGGAUGAGGUUUAAUAGUAUUAUGUUUUUUAUCAGUAUUUGGGAUUAAAAGAGAAACAUAAAGAAAUGUUAUGCCUUUUGAUACAAAACUGGUGUAUCGUUUUGCCGGUCGACGGCUCGAUAUAUACUUAUAAGCGAAAAAUACUUGUCUGUAGUUUGAAGUGUGAUAUUAAUCAAUGCAUAAUCUGAAGGUUGACAUGUAUUAAGCAUGCUCAUCGUUUUCGUACGAAACUGUUCUCCAUUGAUAUGAAGAGUUUCACGACUAUCUUAACUUGUUCGUUAAUCGGAUAUGCAGGGUGCGCGUUUAUUUCUCACGUAAUAGUCCCUUGGAUAAAAAAUUAAACCGAUAACCGAGAUACUCAUAGUUAAGAAGAGAAUAUGUACCAUAAUCAUACAGAUAUAUCAUUACUUUUGCAGGCGAAAGUAACGAAAGAUGAAACGGAAAUGCUUUUCUAGCCGCGUGCGAAGAAACGCGGACGAGUUUUCAGUUGAAAUCGUUGAGAGAAAAACAUUCAACAAACACAAAAGAGAUUUGCGAAUAAUGUCUAAAUUGUUAGGAUCUCUCUGAUAAUUUCCAAAUUUUCUUCCGAUAAUUUCCAAACGUUUAUUAUUGUCCGCGUAUUUUUUCCACAAUGUUUUUUUCUGCCGAAAAACAAGAUUUUAAAUAACAUAAAUAUCUGACAGGUUUUAAAUUGUUUCUAACAUAAUCCCGCAGUUACAGUAUAAUUAAAUAUGCCAUACAUAAUUAAAUAUUCUUGUUCGCAUCUUUAUUGUCGACGGAAAAAAGUCAAAUCUGAUUGAUUUCACCUCUCUUCGCGUGCGUGUGUUUUAAACGCAAAUAUUGUCGCAAGUUAUGGGAGGAAAGAAGCAUGGUCGAUUAACUUCGGAGUUUACUUUUUUGCAAAAAUAUUCCGCUCCAGUUAACUUGGUAUGAUGGGGAGAAGCGGUUUGCGCUACGUAAAGCAUCAUCGCGUUAGAAGGCUCGCGUUAUUGGCAAUUAAUAACGGUGGUCGGUAAUCCAAGAAAUGCUGAUUAAAUUGAGAUAACAACAAGUAAAGUAGUAAACCCGCUGCUAUGAAAAACUUCGAUAACAAAGCGUGACAUUUCGCCGAUUUUAUUAAUAAAUGGCCGAUCGUGUAAUGAAAUUUCAAAGGACUGCUCAUGUCGUCGAGUUAUACUGACGACUUUACCGUUCCUGCUAUAAUAAUUAAAAUUGUUAUUCGAUGAUCAGUGUUGUAUGUUUCACAAGCGCAAAGUGUAGUUGAUGAUAUACACAACUACGAGAUUUUAAUAUUAUAAUAAUCAACACAAGUUGCUAUUCAUCAUAAUUCGAUAUUAUUGCUAAAAUUAAAAAAAUCGCACAUAGGCAGGAUUUGAAUGAAUUAUAGACUUAUAAAAAAUCAUUAAGGUCUUUUUAUAACAAUUUGUAUAUAUGUAUAUGUGUGUAUAUAUACGUACAUACAUAAAUAUAUAUAUAUAUAAGCCAUUUAAAGAAAGAGCGUGGAUCAUGAAUUUGUAUGAAUAUCUUAAUAUAUUCAAACAAUUUUAAGAAUAUUUUAUAAUUUAAAUAUUCAUUAUAACUUUUGUUGAUUAAUAUCAGAAAAGUGUGCAAUAAAAAAAUAAAUUUUUUGUGUUUAUUGUAUACUUACAAGGAAUUUUCAAAUUAAUUUUUUAUUAUUUAUUUUUUAUCUGAUUAAUAACUUCUUUGAAAUUGACAGUUACACUAUAAUUAAUAUGUAUAUCAUGAAUUGGACAGUAAAUCUUCUUCGAAAAAAAUAAAAUAUUUUAUUGCACAUUUAUCUUUAAAAAAAGAUUUAAGCAAACAUGUUUUAAUUUAUAUGCGAGUGAUUCAAAUAAUACAGUUACGGAUUGCACUGUUAAACAGAUAAGAAGCGAAAAAGAUGAAGCAUUGGCUGAUAGGCAGCUCAUUAAUACAAUAAGCAAUUUAGAAUUCCUUGAAAAAGUGCAAUGACCGAGACGUAUCACACGAUGUAUACACAAUGCGAGCGGAGACUUGCGAUUGUGCCAAAAAAUAAAUGCAAAUAUUUUUUAUAUGGAUUGGUGUUAUAGUCAGAGAAUAAGCGUUAACUCUCAAAACUUAACGGAACGAAAUUAGUAUAGACAAUCAAGUCGAAAGCAAACUGUUGCGCCGAUACAAACUGCGAAUUGAAUGUAUUUGGCGAUAUUGUUAACAGCAAUUUUUACACUUUGAAAAUGAAACGUCUUUCGCUGAUUAGAAUUGUAGAAUCGCGUCUUCCUCUCUGCCUCUUUUUCUGCCGUACAUCUGGAAAAAAGCAGAAAACUGCCCUUUCUAUUUAGGAAAAAAACUCAGUAAAUUAUCACAAUUAUUUUAUAAAUUUCAUGGUACUUCUUACACGCAAUAUAAAAAUGAUAUUUUAAUCGUGAAUUUAAGAGAUAUUAUCAAUUAUGCUUUAUUAUUUAUUAUACAUCUUACAUAUUAUUUAAAUUAUUCGUUAUUACCGAAUUGCUUUUCUAAAAAUUAGAUCAUCAAUUUUUUACAAACUUUAAAAUGAAAGACUUGUUUUAUUUGUUUAACACAAUGGUGUGUUUACUAGUUGAUGUAAUAAGUUUUCUAACAAAAAAGAAGGACGGUGAGAUAUUUUUCGAAGACGUUUUAUUUUCUUCUUCCUGCAAUGGUUUUGAUAUGAAAUUUUUAACUGGUAUUUAUAAAUACACUUACAUCUCUAUCUCUCCAACAUUGUUAUCACAUAAGUAAAAAAGUUACACAUACGUAAAACAACACGUAUGCUAGGAUACACUUAUAUAUACAGGAUGUCGCGUGCCGACUGGACCCACGAUAUCCUGUGUACAUGUGUGCUAUAUAUAUUAUGUACAUAUUCAUAUAUUGCGACGGGAUAUGAAUAAUAUGACGUUUGUAAUACCACAUAAUAUACGGCAAAAAUAAUCGGUAUUAUUGUUGAGUUAUAUCCAGCGCCAUGCGAAUGCCCAGAACAAAAAAAAUGGAGUAUUAACGUUUUAAACGAUCGUUACUGUUUGUGAACCUUCUUCUUUGUAAGACUUACGACGUUGUCGGAGGUAUGUAAAGGAAGUAAGGAAAAUAAAGUCGAAUGUAACGA